AUGCGGUUCGAGAUCAAUGAUCUAGGGACCUCUCGCCUCUCACGGGGCGCGCAAUCGGCCAUUCGGCCCGGGCAGUGGACGCUGGGCGACGCUGAUGGAUUGCGCAGCUCGCGGAGCCUUGCGUGUGGACGACAUUCUGCGCAAGUGGCGAGUGGCGAGUGGCGAGUGGCGAGUGGUAGCGUCGUCUGCCCCUCGGUAUAUGAGAGCCAAGCAAGGGGGCUUGUCCGGGGGGGCUCCGGCGGCGGCGGGCAGGGGCGUUCCGGCACGCCCCGCCCCCUCCUCGCGGGUCUGGACUCCGAGUCUCGCCUCACCCGCCGCGGCGCCAGUAUCACCAAGAUGCGUCGA